AAAAAAUGCAAUAUUGGCACAAGAGACAUGGCUAAUGAAGAACACACGUGGCGCAGUAUAAAAUGGAAUACGUGGGUUUUGCAUCUCCGAAAAGCACCGGCUACUCUUCCGCCCAUUCUCCGUCGCUAACACUCUUCUAACCACUUCUUCUUCUUCUCCAUUCUCCACCCUGAACUGAUUCAUUCUCUGUCUGAUUGCUACCAUGUAUCGUACAGUGGCGAAAAAGUUCUCUGAUUCUCUUCGAACAGUCAGAAAUGGCAGAAACAUUAAUGAUGGUUACAUUUAUCGUUAUUCAAUUCUUAAGUCGACUACGUUUUGUACAUCCAAUUCUAAUUCUUCAUUUUCCGCCUCAAGCCAUAAACCUAAUUUUUCCCAUUCUAAUCCAUCUACUCAAUCUGAUAUUCCCAAUUCUUCUUCUCAAUCAUCGUCGGAAGAAGCUCGCUCAAGACGCCCAGUUAAGGAAUACAAAGAGGAACAAACACGUGUUCUUCACGCUUCUCUCCAUCACGUGAAUAGGCUGGGAUGGAGUGAGGCAGCAAUGAUGGCGGGUGCGAGGGAUAUUGGCAUCUCUCCUUCUAUUGUGGGAUCCUUCCCUAGGAAAGAAGCUGCUCUUGUUGAGUUCUUCAUGGAUGGGUGUUUGGAUAGACUUAUUGAUAUAAUUGAAUCUGACAUGGAUCUGAAGAACUUAAUUACCAGUCAUCGAAUCUCAAAACUUGUAAGGAUCCGGCUGGAAAUGCAGGCUCCAUAUAUAUCAAGAUGGCCCGAAGCUCUUAGCAUUCAGGCACUACCGACAAAUGUCCCAACUAGUUUUAAGCAACGUGCUGCAUUGGUUGAUGAGAUAUGGCAUGCUGCUGGUGACGAUGGUUCUGCUCUUGAUUGGUAUGUGAAGCGCACUGUGCUUGGUGGAAUAUACUCCACAACUGAGGUUUACAUGUUGACUGACAAAUCUCCAGAUUUUCGUGAUACAUGGGCGUUUUUGGACGCACGAGUUAGAGAUGCCUUUGAUUUAAAAAAGACCUUGCGCGAGGCUCAACAUUUGGCAGAAGCGGUAGGCGUAGGAUUAGGAGGUCCAUUACAGGGGCUGGUGAAAGGAAUCUUCAAAGAAUGAUCAUCCUCCUUAGGAAGAAAUUUUCUUCUCAGUUUUGUUCCUACCUUUUAGCAUGCAGAUGCAUAGUUUAAGGAAAUACGCACAAAUUCGGUAUUCUUUUUCAAUAUAAUGCAAGUAUAAUAUGAAUGAAGCAUCUUGACAGUUUGUCGAUAGAAACGUUGGGUGUUUAUGGUAUGGUCACUCUAAUCCCAUUAUUUCGUUAGUAGUAACACCGCCUUUCUAUCGUUUUACUGGUGAUGAUGUGUUGUGCAUACUGUGUGGUGAGCAAGCAUACAUCAGACUGUGUGAACUGAAAUUACUUUCUUUUUUUUUUUUUAAGAAUAUGAAGCCAAACACAUAAUGGUGUUUUAUUUAAAUCAAUAGAUUGGCUAUUAUUUUUUGUCCUAAAA